AUGAAUAGUAAUAGCUCAACCAGUACUCAGAGCCUUAGUGGAACAACUAACCCAUGGAUUCAGAAAACAUUAAUGCCACAGUCAGGUGCUACAGAUGAUGAUAAUCUACCUAUAGCAGCUAUAUGUGGUAAACAAUGCUCUAACCUCCAGUGUAUAUGUGGUAAUAAAAAUGAUCCAUGCUGUUCGUGUAUGGAUAAUUUUAAAGAAAGCCGUGCUCAUGUACCCUCAUCAAAGAUAUCCUUGAAUAUAUAUUGUUAUCAGCCAUUUAAUGAAGAAGAUGGAUGUAACCCUACUCUAGUGAAAAUUAUAACAUGUUCUUGUAUAAACUGUAACAGCUGCUGUAAAUCAGAUACUAAGAAAAUAGAUUGGGUUAGUAUUAUCAUAUGUGAUAAAUGUUUUGGACCAGGUGGAUGGUGUUCGUGUGAAAACUGUGAUGUAGAAUGUAAUUUUGAUUGUAAUACCAUCAACUGUUUAUGUUUCACCAUCUAUAAUGGACCACAAGCUAGUGCAAGACAAUCACAAAGAAGUUUGAGACAUUCAGAAAGUUCUUCUAAUAACAGCCAAUAUUAUAGUGAUAAUGGUGAACCAAUCAAAUAUCCUCCAUUACCGUCCACAGAUCGCUCCUUUAUAUCUUAUCCAGAUUCUUCUAGAACCAUGAUUAGUUCCAUUAGCUCGGCUCCUUGCACUGAAAGAGAUGGUAGAUACUUUCAGAGAAGAUUGUCAUCUUCCCUGGAACUUCAAUCUGACUUUCCAUCCAACAGAUCCAUAAGAAGUACCAGCAGAUCUGCCAUUGCUCCUCACCAAGAUGUCCAACUGUUUGCACCCAGAAACCAAGCCAAUAUGAAUGGGGUGCAGCCGGUAUCUGGUAAAAAGUUAUCCAGCAAGAAAAAAGUCACAGAAACAAAGGUGAAAAUGUUGUCGAAUUCACAGAAAGGAGAUGAUGGUAACUUAAACACCAAUGCUAAAAGUGACACUCAGACGAGUGUUGCCACUAAUCCUGACAAUCAGCAGAGGAUUUUGAACAACACUGAGGGUAGAAACAGUGUCAGAUUUAGUCCAGAUGUUACUUCUACUACACAAAGUGCUUUACAUUCUGAAAGACUCAAUCAAUCUCAUGAUAUGGAGAACAGCAGCCGUCCAAACACAUCAUCAUCUGUAGCGUCAUCGAACUCUUUAUCUGCUACUUCAGAGGCUUUGCUAGCCCAAUACCAACUCAUGGAUGCUGAAAAAUUAACACCUAGAUAA